AUGACGCAGAUGGGCAUCAAUGGCUUCGGACGCAUUGGGCGCCUGGUCUUCCGUGCAGCCAUGGAAAAUCAAAGUGUUACAAUGGUUGCGGUCAAUGAUCCGUUUAUGGAUCUUGACUACAUGAAGUACUUGCUGAAGUACGACUCCGUGCACAAACGAUUCAACGGCUCCGUUUCCACGAAAAAGGAGAAUGGUGAGGAGUAUCUGGUUGUCAAUGGACUGCCAGUGCGAAUUUUCCAUGAAAAAGAUCCAGCUUCGAUCCCUUGGGGAGCUGUCGGCGCGGAUUACGUUUGCGAGUCCACAGGCGUGUUCUGUGACAAGGAGAAGGCGUCCAAGCAUCUUCAAGGUGGAUGCAAGAAAGUCAUCAUUUCAGCCCCUCCUAAGGACAGCACGCCCAUGUUCGUCAUGGGCGUGAACCAUGAGAAGUACACACAGGACUUGCAGGUUGUCUCGAAUGCUUCAUGCACGACGAACUGUUUGGCGCCCUUGGCCAAGGUCAUCAACGACAAUUUCGGCAUUGCAGAGGGCCUCAUGACCACUGUCCAUGCCAUGACAGCUACACAACUGACUGUUGACGGGCCAUCACGUGGUGGGAAGGACUGGCGUGGAGGACGAUGUGCCUCUGAGAACAUCAUUCCAUCCUCUACUGGGGCUGCGAAGGCAGUGGGCAAAGUUAUUCCAGCGUUGAAUGGCAAAUUGACGGGCAUGGCAUUCCGAGUUCCGACUCCUGACGUCUCUGUUGUGGACCUAACUUGCCGACUGGACAAGCCGGCAAGCAUGGAUGACAUCACCGCAGCAAUAAACAAAGCAGUUGAAGGUCCUAUGAAGGGCAUUCUUGGUUUCACCGACCAGGAGGUUGUAUCCACGGAUUUUGUGACGUGCCCGAUGUCUUCGAUCUUUGAUAAAAGCGCGUGCAUUGCCCUGAAUGACAAGUUCGUGAAGCUGGUGUCCUGGUAUGACAAUGAGUGGGGCUACUCGAAUCGCCUUGUGGAUUUGGCGUGCCACAUGGCUCAGGUGGACGGUAUUAUUCCGACACCAGCAGUGAUCCAAAGCAUCAAGGCGCGAGAGAUCUUCGACUCUCGUGGCAACCCCACAGUCGAGGUUGACCUCAUGACAAAUGAACACCUGUUUCGAGCAGCUGUGCCGAGUGGAGCCUCCACUGGCAUCUACGAGGCCCUGGAACUUCGUGACGGUGACAAGCAGCGCCUGCUUGGCAAGGGGGUGCUCAAGGCGGUGGCGAACGUCAACGAGAAGAUUGCUCCCAAGCUUGUCGGUAUGGAUGUUACCAAGCAGAAGGAGAUUGAUCGGGUAAUGGUCGAGAUCCUGGACGGCACCCAGAAUGACUGGGGAUGGAGCAAGUCCAAUUUGGGUGCCAAUGCCAUCCUGGCCGUGUCCAUGGCCGUUUGCCGUGCUGGUGCAGCCUCGAUGGAAAUGCCCCUUUAUCAGUACUUGUCGUGCCUAUCUGGCAGACCUACGAGCAGCUAUGUCAUGCCAGUUCCAUCCUUCAAUGUCAUCAAUGGUGGAAGCCAUGCUGGCAACCGCCUGGCCUGCCAGGAGUUCAUGAUACUGCCAGUCGGCGCCAAAAGCUUCAGGGAGGCUCUCCAGAUUGGCUGCGAGGUGUACCACUCCCUGAAGGGCUGCAUCAAGAAGAAGUAUGGACAGGAUGCCUGCAAUGUUGGAGACGAGGGUGGUUUCGCCCCUUCAGUUCAGGACAACAACGAGGCACUGGAUGUCCUCAUGGAUGCCAUUGAGAAAUCUGGCCACAAGGACAAGGUCAAGAUUGGCACCGAUGUGGCAGCAUCAGAAUUCUACAAGGAGGGCAAGUACGACUUGGAUUUCAAGAAUCCGGAGAGCAAGUCGGCAGACUGGAAAACUGGAAGCGAGAUGGCGACAUACUACCAGGAGUGGUUUGCCAAGUAUCCUUUCGUGUCCAUCGAGGACCCAUUUGACCAGGAUGACUGGGAAGCAUACGCAGAAUUCUGCACAAAGUGCGGAAAGGAUGUGCAGAUUGUCGGUGACGACCUGUUGGUCACCAACACCAAGCGAAUUGCAAAGGCUCUGGAUGUUGGAGCCUGCAAUGCAUUGCUUCUCAAGGUCAACCAGAUCGGAUCCAUCUCGGAAGCGAUUGAUGCUGCCAACAUGUCCAUGUACAAUGGCUGGGGGGUCAUGGUCUCCCAUCGCUCUGGAGAGACAGAGGACUCCUUUAUUGCUGACUUGGUGGUCGGACUGCGGACAGGUCAGAUCAAGACUGGUGCGCCUUGUCGCAGCGAGCGCUUGGCGAAGUACAAUCAGCUGCUGCGCAUCGAAGAGGAACUCGGUUCCAAGGCAGUGUACGCUGGAGAGAAGUUUCGCAACCCUUCUGCGUAG